GGAUGCCCACACUUUGGUUCAAGUUAGCUUGUUCAGGAAUAACAGACUUGUAGAAGACAGCUUAGCGAAAGAAUGUGUUUUAUUCAGCCGCUAGCCACGGUCAGCUCGGCGCAGCACGAGCAUGCGCUAGGCACGUCUGCUGCUCACGGCUUGGUCUUCUUGCUUCAUCUUCUCCUCAAACAUUACAGAAAGUACAGGCCAUUUAUAUUGUAGAAUUAACAUAUGUGUGAAGGGGAAUGAAUGGGUGGAUCUGGAGGUCAGGGGUAAGUCUAGUUUGACCAAGGGCCAUAGUCAGGUAUGGCCAUAUCGAUGCUAAUGCCUUGUGGCCUCAACCAUCCUGUCGUGGCUGUAGACAAAAGCCAACUAAUGUUUCUAGCUCCAAGACACACAAAAGCCAGGAACCAUGUCUGAUAGCUCAUCAACAUAGACAAAAGGCCAGGGGCCACCUCAAUGGCACUAGUCUGGUGCUAUGCAAACUAAUUUGCAUUAGUUUGUGAGCUGUAAUUAGAUUAUGUGAAGUUAUGAAAAUGCCUAAAUCUAACAAUCGGGAGUUGACCAAAAUGUACAUCAAAAUUGGCUUAAAUAUCCCCAUUUCUGUUUUUUUUUUAAACAGAGUCAAGACGAAGGACAAGGUCUUUGUCUAUUGGCCGCCCAAAUAGUAAGUAGGAUAAACUGUAGAAUCUACACAUACAGGCAUUGGAUGUAGCAAAUAAAGAGCAUUAUUAUUACAUUGCCAUCAGUACGGUGCCUGGAAAUAGGGAUAGGUAAGUAUUUUCUUAGGACAGGAGGACCUUUGGUGAAUUCCUUUUAUUUGCAAUGCCUUUUAACUUGGUGGUGGUCUGUGCACUCCCAAAAGACCCUCAGAGUGCAAGAACUGAAAUUCCUUGAAGAUUUAUUUUCCUAAAACACUUCUUUCUUGUUGCUUACAGUGUCAGAUAUAAAUCCCUCAAGACAAGGGGAAAGCACAGACUCUAUGGAGAAACCCACUGGCAGCCCUUCAGAUGAAUCAGUUCCAGACGAGGAGGACGAGGGUUGGCAAGAGAAGAAAGAGGACCUGAUCCAGGUGGAAGAGGAAGCCGACCUGAUCCAGGCCGAGCGUUUCCUGGACGAUGCCGUCCACCGGGACACGGACCGCGACCGGGAGAGCCAAAGGAAGAAGAAGGACGAGGAGGAUGUGGAGGUGCUGGCGGAGCUGAUGCUCGCCAUGGCCGUGGGGAAGACCCAGUCAGAGGAGGAGCAGCCUCCAGGGCAGAGCCAGACGGAACUCCGCACGCGGGCCAUGCAGUCCGAGCAGGUGUACCAGGAUGCGGCUGAUCGACUGUCUGAGAUCCGUAUGAGUAUGCUACAAAUCAUAUAAAUGCAAUUCCUUGUGAAGUAUUUAGGGGGUACAAUGUUUGUCUUUUUUAAAAGGUAUCUGUGUAAUUUUGUAAUUUUCUUUUCUU